AUUGCGCAUUACCCUUGUGCGUACCGUUUAUGGGGUGAGCGGCUCUGGAGCUGCGCAAAUAUUGUUCAGUACAGAUGCCCUUGAACUACAUAAGGAAGCGCCGUCAGUGAAAAAAUCACAGGGACUAAGUGAAAACUCUCUUGCAAAAUCAUAUGUAUGUGUGACACGAACUGAUAAACUCUGGUCAGUAAAAAUGGUUUCGGUCAUCGAUUUGCUCAACUUUAAUAGCGUGUGGUUUUCAUGGAAUUCGUUUCCUGUGACGUAAAAAUCAGGAAGUGGCCGGAAAGUUGAGGGAAAACGACAACAAUCGGGGGACAAAUUGGACCCAAAAUGAGUCGAAUAUAUCACGAUACAGCGUUACAGAAUAAACCUGUCCACAACGAGAAAUUUGGAUCUGCAUGGCAACCCUCCACAUAUCACAGUGGUCAAGGUGUCAUUUUAGAGGGGAAAAUAGUUGAUAUGUCUCGUCAUGCCAUCACAGACAUUAACAACAAAAAGGAGCGCUACACUAUUUUGUACAUUAGACCCAGCCGCAUCCAUCGAAGGAAGUUUGAUGCCAAGGGCAAUGAGAUUGAGCCUAAUUUUAGUGACACCAGGAAGGUCAACACGGGCUACCUUAUGUCAUCUUUCAAGCUCGAGGCGAAAGGAGAGUCUGAUCGGCUUUCUGAGGAUCAGCUGAAGAAUAUUGUGAACAAAGAAGAACUUGUAAGAGUGACGGAGAGGCAUUGCCCCAGUCAGGCGUUUGCUUUCUGGAUCUCAGAGGCAGAGAUGGAAAAGACAGAGCUGGAAACCGGACAGGACAUUCGUCUGAAGACCAAAGGAGACGGGCCGUUUAUCUUUUCUUUUGCCAAGGUGGAUAGUGGCACAGUGACAAAAUGUAAUUUCGCUGGAGAUGAGAAAGCUGGGGCGUCUUGGACGGACAAAAUAAUGGCCAACAAAAUGGAUGAUGGGAGCGGGGUGAAGUCGACGGGGCAGGGCGAAGGAGUAGACGAUGAGGAAUGGGAUGACUGAAAGCCGCUCAGUGAUUACACAAAAUCAUUCACACUCUGUCUCCAUGGCACCGGUCCUUCUUGCACAGAAAGGAAAAUCAUCAGAGAAGUCAAGUAAAUGUUCCUGACCAAUCAUGUUUUUUUACAGUUUAUAUUUGAACCAAAAUAAACAACCG